AUGCAGAUGGCUUGGGACAUGACAGGGUGUACUUAUGAUGCCCGACAGUUUUGCAGAUUCAAGCAUAUACAGUCUUUUUGGCUGUUGCUCAGUUUUGAGAAAUCAGUUGUCUUAGCUCAACAUGCACAGGAUGCCUUUGACGAUUUUGACAAUGAACUGAAAGGUCUCCCAGAUGAUGCCAGAGCUCAUCUUAAACAGUUUUGUCAGAACAAGAACCUAGAAAAGCUGGAGUACCUUUUGCAGCAAAUGUUUGACUGUCUUCUGCUGAGAGUAGCUCAACCAGUUGACCCAAAUGAUCAGGAAGCCAUCGACCUGAAACGCAUAAGUCUGCGAGACAUCCUUCAAGGUGACCGAGAUGCUCCGCUGUACUGUAAGGAACCUGAUGAGACACUGACCGAGGAAGACAUCCUCACAUUCCCAGCAGACAUCUUGGGGAAGCACAUUCCCGACACCUGGCUGGCUGUCCUCCGGGAACUCACACAACGCAGAAAGGAGUUUCAAUAGUGCCUCAACUUCUGUCAAUAGUGGAUUGUCAUACUUAUGUUGUGUAAAUGUUGAAUCUAAUAGAAAUUAUGAAUUGUGGCAGUCCUCUGGUAACUCACACAACGCAGGAAGGAGUUUCAAUAGUGCCUUCAGUGUAGGUCAAUAGAUCGUCAUACUUUUGUUGAAGUAGAAUGAAGAUGUCGAUCACUUAAUAUUACAGACUUAUAUUAAUUCUUGACAUAACUACUUUCGGUUUGUUUAUUAUCUUUAUAUUUGAAUUCGCUGAUGUUACAAUUGCUCUCAUGUAUAUAUUUUUUUUCAUAUAGUGCAGUAGUUUUCCACUUUUUGCUUUUCAUUUUGUGAUGUGUUAUAACCAAAUUGUUUUGAAUACUUGUAUCUUGAAACAUUUUUAAUGAAACUAUACGUAUCAUGUUAUGUAUGAUUUAAUCACUCGAUAUAUAUUUUCUAGACUUUUUCCUAUUUAGAAUAUGUAUAUGACAUAAAUUCAAAUGAUUUUGAUAGUGCUGAUGGAAAAGAAAUAUGUCCUUGCUCUUAGUACUUAGUACUGCUUACUCUUACAUAUUGCAUAAUAACAUAUAUUCUGGAAUGAAUGUUUUUGUUCAUGCCAGAGGUUUAAUGUAGGUUACAACAUUGUAGAUGUAUACAUAUGUAUUUUCUUUGGUGUGGCAUUCUGCUGUGCCAAGAUGUACCAGUAUUGAUCUGUAACAUGGUCUACACACUAUGCUAUAGAAUACACAUUUCUUUUUCUUACCUGAUCUUAAUACAUGCAGCUGUGUACAGAGAUUCACCUAUAGAAAACACUCAUGCAUUCUGUGUUCACUCAGAAAUAUGUAACUGAUGGAUCUGUUCCCUCUACAUGAUCAUAUUAGUAACAGCACCCUUUGCUAUGUAUAUAUAUAUGCAGAGAUUUAAUUCAUAUUUGUUGUUAGAAUCAUAUAUAAACUUCUCUGUCAUUGGUGUUUGAAGGUGAACUUGUAUGAGGAUUUGAUCAGCAUCUGUCUGAUUUGCAAUAUGUUGACCUUCUUAUACAGAUUACAAUUUCUUUUUGGAUUGUAGAUGAAUGUUUACAAAUUAUUAUUUUGUUUAGUAUUGAGGUAAGAAGAAGACAUUUUACCUGAACAGAGUCUUAAUAACCAAGCUUGAUGUUAAUAAUAAUAUUAUUUAAAGAAUCUUUAUUGAUUUUUUGUUGUUUUAAAACAUGUCAAACAGUAAUAAACACACAAAUGGAUGUUCAGUAAAUACUGUAGAUCAAUAUUAUAUCAAUGACAGGAAUAUGAUAUGAAUGCAUUCUGUUGUGUCAAGUUGAGGCGAAAGGGUUAUUUAUGUGAUGUUAUAGGAGUUGAAGAUACUGCAUUUUCAAUGUAGAACUAUAUGUUCCCUGUAGAUUUGAUGUCACUUAGUUGACUUUCAAAUCCAAACUAUAAUACUUUCUGCCCAAAUGGAUACUUGAAGUAUUUUGGUAACUGCAACUCUGCUUUCUGUAGCCUACACUUGUACAUACAUGUAUAAUCAUUUCCAAAUGACUGAGACAGAAGAAACCUAUGUGCUAGUCGAUCAAUUUUCCUGUAUUAUUUCCAAUAUGUUUGAUAGUUGACUGCACUCAGAAAGUCAGAUUAUCAAUCGCUUUGUGAAAGAUUUAUCCAGGGUAUGAUUUAUUCAGGUUAACUGAUAACAUGUAAUAAUGUGUAUAUCACUCACUCACUCACACACACACACACACACACAAUAAUAUUAAAUAACAUAAACACCAUUUUAUAAUCAUGCUUUUGUUUGCUUCACAUGUACCGGUACGUUUUGUAGGGGUUUUUUUCAGUAAUAUGUCAGUUUUGAUUUCUUUCCUGUAUUAUUGCAGUUUGCUUCAUUCAAUGCAGCACAUCCAGAAUGUGUUUUUUUCACCAACAUGGUGAAUAAAAUGUACAAAAAGUAAUGUUGUUUAUCUUUGUAUUAGUAGAUAUACAUUUUAAAAGCAAGAGCUUUAUGAGCAGUUGUUUAAAGUGGUUUAUAUCAUCCAGUAUGUAUGCUAUAGUAAAACAUUUCAUGUGUUGCUUGGAAUAUUUUGACUUUGAAGUUACAGCUAUGAUCUGUCUUUCAAAAAAUGUUUCAUUUAACAGGACCUCAUAAAUUCAGUAUAUUGAUAAUGAGAUGUAUUUAGAUGUCCUUUUAUAGAAAAAGUGACAAAUCAGGUCACAAAACUAGGUUGAUAUCUUGAUUUGUUGAGAGACUGUGUUACAGUAGAUAGAAAACUAAUUAAUCUAGAUGACAUGACCAUCACACACGAGGUUCCCCGACACAAACUGCUGCAGUAGUUAUUAUAGUCGAGGAACUAUUGUGAUUGGCUGAAUGUCAAGGAUCAGGAUGUUAGUAAAUAGGUGAAGUGUGUAUAUAUGUCAUUUUACAAUCAGGUUUCAUUUGUGUACAUAUAAAUUCAUUAAAUCAGAUUUGUUUUAUUUGAUUCUUUAGUUGCUUUUGACAUCCCAGUUUAAUCCUUUCUCCUCAACGGAUGAUUUAAUGAGGCAAAUGUUUGAAAGUUUGAAAUAUAUUUUUGUUUAUCUAGUGUCCAUUUUCAUACCAUUCUCUUAAACAGUGAAAUCAUGAGCACUUUACAGAAAAUAUAUCUCUGUAUUUGGAAUAUGAUUAUUGAAGGUCAUCUUUUGAAUAUAUUUUACUAUAGCUUAGAAAUACAUUUGCUCAUACCUGUACAACAAAAUAUAUUCAUGGUGAGGUGAGGUGAAAUUCAAGAUUAUUGCACUUAUAUAUAUGUGUCUGUCUGGCUGAUUGUACUAAUCCUGGCUAAAUCCGGGGUUUUUUUUUGUGCUAGCCCACUGAGAUACCAUGUGGCAGUUUAACAUAGCCCACUCAGACAAACUAUAAUGAUUCCUAGCCGCAACAUGUAAGUAAACUGUGUAUAGAACUGAAGUUUCUGUGGUAAAGCAAAAAGCAAUGAUUGCAUGACAUGGUACCUCUUAAUUGUGAAAAUUAAGGAUGUUGGAAAGGCUCGUCAUUCUGUGAUGUUAAGGUUAGAAAUAUGUUUAUCACAUAAUAUUUUGUUUGUUUAUCUGCUUUUUAGGUGUUGGUUGUAUUUGUUUUCUAUUUAACAAUAAAGAACUCACCUUUAAUCAUGUUAUUACAGUUUGUAACACAGCAGUCAUAGUAUUUAAGACUUUGUUAUGAUCGGAAACCAGAAUAAUAAUAGUUUUCUCAGAAGACAUUUUGAUUCUGUGCUCUUUAGGUGAGGAAUGCAUGACAUGAUUUAAUAAAGGCUUAUAACUGGUU